GCUCUUCCCGGACGGUUCGUUACUCAUGCAAACUUUUCGAUUUUCUUCAGUUUCUUUUUCAGUUAUUGCACACCUGCUAAUAUCACCAUCAGCAUGUGCGAGACACGUUUACAUACGGACAACACAUUGUCAUCAACCCAUCUCCAUCAGCAGUCAGCAAUGAGUGCCAGCCUGUUUCUCCUUCUUCUGGCAGUAAUAGCUGUCGAGAGCUCCGAUCCAUGUUCAAAUUUUACACUUUUUCAAAAACUUGACCAACGCCAGUCAACAUUUACAUAUGCUGCACCAGGCAUUGAUGAUAGUAAACUAACCCCAGGUUGGUAUGGAAUACCAACCAAGUGGAAACUGCUAGAAUCAGCACCUAAAACCCGUUCCUGUGGAACACGUUACCCCUUGUGGAAAUCAGGUCUGGUUGGUGAAUACGUUUCGAUGUGCAUAACGACUGGCAGAAAGAAAUGCUAUAAGAAAUUCCAAUUCGAGAUGAGGCAAUGCGACACGGUUGUGAUCUUACACUUGACGAAAGUGCGACGCAUGACGGGUUUUUGUUUGGAAAACAUAGAUCCAUGCAGGAAGAAUCCUUGUCUAAAUGGGGGAACGUGCCAGUCACAAAAUGAGCGCUACAUAUGUAGCUGUCUACCUAAACACACCGGACCCAACUGUGAAAAAGACGGAAUUGAAGACAUGAAGCCUCGAGUCUCAAAGCUCAAGAAAGAUCGGGAGUGUCCAAUUAAUUCGCCGGACUGUUGGUCCUCCAACUGCAGUAUUUCGGCAGUGAGAUCGCACAUUCACCUCCACGUGAUAUUUUUAACUUUGGUACAACAGUUACUGUUAAAGCAUUAAGGCUCUUUGUUAAGACUUGUCAAGGAUGACAUCACCUCGGUAACACAUGCUAUACGCAUGUACAUGCUCCUUGAAGGAAAGACAAAAGGCUGUGUACGUAUCUGAAUACAUCUUUGCAAUAAAAUGUUGUUAUAUUUGGAA